UGCUUAUUAGCAAGUGUCUCAACAAAAAACAUCUUAGAUUUUGUAACAACACUUUUGCCAAAAUGGCCACACCUAGCUCUACUAUUUCCAUUAGUUUGAGCCUUUUGUUGAUUUUGGGAGUGGCUAUUUCCCAAAGUGAAGCUAGGGCAUUUUUUGUAUUUGGAGAUUCACUUGUUGAUAGUGGGAAUAAUGAUUAUUUGGCUACAACUGCAAGGGCUGAUUCACCUCCUUAUGGCAUUGAUUAUCCAACUAGAAGACCAACUGGUCGUUUCUCCAAUGGCUACAACAUUCCUGACAUUAUCAGUCAAAGAAUUGGUUCUUCCGAAUCACCACUCCCUUACUUAAGUCCAGAACUUACUGGACAAAGGCUUCUUGUUGGUGCCAACUUUGCAUCUGCUGGAAUUGGAAUUCUAAAUGACACUGGAAUCCAAUUUGUGAAUAUAAUUCGAAUGCCACAACAAUUAGAUUACUUCAGGCAAUAUCAGAGCAGAGUGAGUAGACUUAUUGGUGAAGCAAGUACUCAAAGACUUGUAAAUCAAGCUCUUGUUCUUAUGACUCUUGGAGGCAAUGACUUUGUCAACAAUUACUAUCUCGUGCCCAAUUCUGCACGAUCGCGCCAAUAUGCAAUUCAAGAUUAUGUCCCUUAUGUGAUAGCAGAAUACCGUAAAAUCUUGUUGAAUGUGUAUAAUCUAGGAGCUCGUCAUAUCAUUGUGACUGGUACUGGACCGUUAGGUUGCGUCCCAGCAGAACUAGCUCAACGUAGCAGGAACGGGGAAUGUUCACCCGAGUUGCAACGAGCUGCAGCCCUGUUCAACCCACAGCUUGCACAAAUGCUGCAGGGCCUAAACAGUGAAGUAGGCAGCAAUAUUUUCAUUGCUGCAAAUACACAACAAAUGCAAUCUAAUUUCAUUACUAAUCCAGGAGCAUAUGGAUUUAUAACAUCAAAGGUAGCAUGUUGUGGGCAAGGACCAUACAAUGGUCUUGGCCUAUGUACACCGCUCUCUAACUUGUGCCCGAAUAGAGAUCUCUACGCGUUUUGGGAUCCGUUCCACCCAUCUGAGAAGGCAAAUAAGAUAAUUGUGCAACAAAUCCUAACUGGUUCAUCAGAGUACAUGUCACCGAUGAAUCUCAGUACAAUUCUGGCCAUGGAUUCAGAGGCAUAAUAAUAUGUAUACAUAUCUGGAAUCUGUUCACUUGUACCACUUUUUGUUUGUUGUUAAAAAUUUUGGCUAUAGAUUAAUAAGCUGGUUGCAGCACCUCAUGAUGUGCUUCUUUUAAAUUUUCAAAAGUUUGUCAGUGUGCUAUGUUUAUUCACAUAAUUAAGUAAUCUAAUGUGUAGGUGGAGUGUGAUAAUGUUGAAAUGUAAACCAAGUGUUUUUAAUAUAUCAAAGUGUAACAGUUUCAUGGCA